CGUCCGAUCCCUAAAUGAUACUCUACAAUAAUACCUGUGAAUAAUACUACUGCAUACAUAUCUACUAAGUCUGUGUAUUACUAGAAGUCAGCUGUUUUUGUGUGAAAAUAAAAGUUCUUCCUUUUCCAAAUGAAAUAUUUAAAUAAUAAAAAUAAUUUAUUUGUAAAACUUGGAUAAAUGUAACGUUAAAAGUACAUAAGUGGUAAAAUUAUAAGUUAAAUAAAAUAUUGUAAGCUAUUUAAAAGUAGUGCUUUUAUCUUAUACGAAGAGUUUAUUUAAAAUAUUAAUUAACUUUUGAUGUGGUAGUAAAAUGUCUAAUCCAGCGGACAAUAUUACAAAAAGUAAUGGCUUAGGAUCCGAUCCUAUGCAGAGACUAGCUUCAUUUAGAACCCCCCGGGAUCUCUCUUUAGGCGGUGUAAAACCAAACAAAAAGGUAUUUAUACCUAAUUUAAACGUGACUAGAAACAAAAAUAAAGGACCUGCAAACCUAAGUUCUCGUGAUCACAAGAAGGAUGACAAAGGUCGUAAAGAUCGCAAAAAUGACAGAAAUAAAAAUUUCAACAGAAAUGGCCCAAAUGUUAUAAAAUCAACUGGGGUAUUUUCUGAAGGUCUGGCCAGUUCUGAACGGCAUACAAGUAGAUUUUCUUAUGGAAGAGAUUCAGACAGUGGUGGCACUCCAGCUUUACAAAAGCCGACCCUAAGGGUCAAAGAUGUGAUAAAGAUUGACAAAGAGUUAGAAGAAGAGAAGAUCAAAGCUGCAGUAGGAGAUUGCUCUUUAUUAGAUGACGGUCCACAAGAAAAUAUCAAAUAUAUCAAUGAGAAAGAUGCACCUGUUAAGCUUCCAAUGGGUGAUGGAGGAUGGUCAAUUAAGAAAGGAAAGCCUACGGUGGUUGUUAAGCAGGAGGUGAAAGUGAAAAAUGAACCGAAAGAUGGUGUAAAUUGUAACAUAAAGAUCGAGCAUAAACCACAAGUGGAUGUGAAAAAAGAAGUCUAUGAAGAUACAGAUGUUGUUGACAUUCUGGGAACAGACAAACCUUCACUAAUAUUAUUACAGUUACCAGAUUCUCUACCCGGACGAGGUGGCAGCGUGGACGAUGAACCUAAGCGGAAACAUAACGAACAACCCUCCACAUCCGUCGGGGAGACGCGCGACGAGAAACCUGAAAACGUGGACAACAAGUGUCGCUUAGCAGAUCUAGAAGAAGGCAAGAUUGGUAAACUGCAGAUACAUAGAUCGGGCCGUGUGAGACUCGUACUAGGAGAUACUGCGUUUGAGGUUUGUUCUGGAACAAAAAGCGCGUUCCAUCAGGAGGUGGUGUCUCUAGCGGUGGACGAUGCAUCUCGUUCCGCGAACCUCGUGGCGUUAGGAGCUUUGCAACACAAACUAAAUCUUGUGCCCGACUGGGAAACUGCAUUCACUGAUAUGGUUUUAGACGAUAUGAUGACCUAGAAGCUUAAUAUUUAUUAUGUACCUAAAUAAAGUUAUUUUCUUU